AUGCUAUGCCACCGGAAGCGCACGGCAAGAGAGCUGAGGGAGAUGGCAUGGGACCAGUGGAUGUCGAGUCCCACCAUUAGGGGCGGUCGCGGAUCGCCGUUUGCGUGCCGGAGUUGCUUCCCCGAGGGCGAGUCCGUCCCGGUCUGCGAGGAGUGUUCUCGACCCUUGGCGCGCGGGGUGUUGUCGCCGGCGGCUCAACUCCAUAGCCGUCUCGGUUGUGAGCACGUGUUCCCCGAUGAGCUCAAGGGCCUAACGUCGGUGGAGAAGCUGAUCGCGCUGAACUCAUGUUAUAGAUAUCCCAAGCACGUCAAGGGCCACAUCACGGUGUUCCCGAACGACGUGCAGGGCCUGGUCGCCAAGAGGCCAGGGUCGCGCGGCCUGUCGGGUCUCCUAUCGGUGAGACGGUCAGUGGUCGUGAGGGCGCUGGCCUGGCUUAAGGAGAACAACCCGCUCUACGGCGAGGUCGAGAUCGACACGGCGGAGAUGGACAGCUGGGGGGCGCCGCCGUACGGGGUGCCGGCGGUGGUGUGCGAGCGGUUGGAGCGAAUCGAGCCGUCGGCGCUGGAGAGGACGCGGACGGCGCAGGUCAUGCCGCCGUUGGAUCGGGCCAUGGACGAGGAAGGCGCCGCCGAAAUCGACGAGAUUUUCGCGGCGCUGAGGCAGGCCGCGGGACCGUGGCGCAUCCAGAAUGGUCCCACAAAAGCGUCCAAGACAAAAGCGACCAAGACAGACAAUUCCGCCAAACCCAAAAAGACCGCCGCUGUAGGCACCAGCCAAGAGGCUAAGGAGCUCUACGCCGACACCCUCAAGGCCCUCGACAAACGCGUCGAUGAACUCGACAAGAAAGUUAGGAUUAUGAGUGGUAACAGCGCGGCGAUCACGACCUCCAGCUACGCUACCUCCAUCCGUAAACACAUGGGCGCCGUCAAGAAGCUAGUCGCCAUGGACACCACACUUGCCUUCAACCUGCUGCUCAGCAUGCUGAUGCAUCACACACUGACCUCGACGCCACCUGCAAGAUGUGCGGCACCCCAUGCGACAACAGCAUUCCGACUUUCAAGCUGCUGGACGAGGCACUUUUGUCGCUGA